AUGAAAGAAAAGAAGAAAUCAAAACUGAUCUGUAACGUUGGCGACACCAAAUAUAAAGUAGUAAAACACAUCGCAAGCAAAGUCUUUGGAAUGACACUUACAAGAAGCGAAGAAGCAGAAUGAGACCUCAAAUGGACUGACUCAGCAGUGCAGCCAGAAAAACUUUGCAGUAUGAAGCCAUUUCAAAAAAUCAACCAUUUUCCAGGAAUGUACUCAAUCACGAGAAAAAGCAAUUUGGCAUGGAGCCUCAACAAAAUGAGGAAGCUCUUCCCUAAGGAUUAUAAUUUCUAUCCCCGCACAUGGGUUUUGCCAGGAGAUCUUGGGGAUUUUAAAGCACAAAUGGAUAAAAAGAAGAAAAUUUUUAUAGUCAAGCCAGAAGCCUCUUGCCAAGGCCGAGGGAUAUUUCUUGUGAAAAAACCUGAAGAUUUAACAGUAACAGAAGGGUAUGUGGCUCAAGAGUAUGUUAAAAGCCCAUUUUUGCUUGAUGGCUUAAAAUUUGAUUUAAGAGUUUAUGCACUCGUAGCUGGCUGCGACCCUUUGAGAGUAUUCAUCCAUGAAGAUGGGUUAACGAGGCUAGCAACUCAUCAAUACCAAAAACCAAAAAAAAAGAAUAUGAAGGAUGCGUGCAUGCAUCUAACAAAUUACGCAGUCAACAAGCACAGUGGACUUUUUGAGUUCAAUGAAGAAGCUGAAGAAGACGAUAGUGGGCAUAAGCGAAGCUUGAAGUCAACCUUAGCUUUCUUUGAAAGCCUUGGCCAUGAUGCCAAUGCUUUGAAAGCAAAGAUAGGAGACAUGAUAGUUAAGACGCUUUGUGCAAUUCAGCCUUCACUGUCACACGCAUAUAGAUCAUGCCAGCCAAAUGAUCUCACGAACUCGAUGUGCUUUGAAAUACUAGGAUUGGAUAUUUUGAUUGACCACAAGCUGAGACCAUGACUGCUGGAGGUAAACCACACUCCUUCGUUUACAACAGACUCACCACUCGAUUGGAAAAUCAAAAAGCGAGUUAUAAAAGAAUCCAUCAAAAUGAUGAAUAUUAACUCUCCUCCCUCCGUGAGCAAACAAAAAAUAAAUCUCUAGCUAAAUCUGUAUAAUUUUAAACAGUUUGUAUUUUAAUCAUAAAUAAAUUAUUUUACUUUUCAAUUUUUGCAAUUUUAAAUUUCGAAAAAAAUUAUUAUGAAAUAUAUAACUAAACGAUUUAUCCUUCCGUAACAAAAAUAAUUAUUUGUUUGCUCACGGAGAGAGGGGAGCAAGGCUUCCAAUAGGAAGCAUUAUUAUAUUAAUAAAAGUGUUGAAGCACAGCAAAGAUCAAUAGGAAAAGCAGUAAGAGAGACCAGAGAAGAAAGAAAAGAAAACCAGCGACUCCAAGCAGAGCUCAGAAAUCAGUGAGAAGAUGCGCAUAUGGGAGGAUUUACAAGGGCAUAUACAGAAGAAAAUAAAGCAAGCUACCAACAGUUCCUGCAGGCUGCUGAACAGAUCUGGAGUGAAUGAACAGGCACUCAAGCAUCAAGGCUUAAAAGGCUUGAAGAUCCUGCUACAAGCCAGCGACCAGAAGUUGUGAGUGCUCCUUCUAAAUUAAUUGAAGACAGCCACAAAACUAUAAGAUGUCGGACUGCAAAGACGAGAUGUCUAAGCCCAGAUAACCAUCCAGAAGUCCAGAAUUUCGAUUCCAAAACGAUGGUCCCAGCCGAAGACCAUCCUGCGACCAAAACUCAUCGAGAAUGUUCUUCCAUGCCGACUUCAGUAGAUUUGAAGAUUUCAAAUCGAAGAGAAACACUCAGUGCCUACCUUACCAAAGCCAUCAGUGAAAAACGCUCUAUAGAAACCAGCUAUGAAAAUAAAAGGAUCCUAGGCUCCAAAAUCCAAAGUUCUCGAGUGAUCCCUUCGAAUAUGAAACUCCCAGGAGUCCAGAUCGGGAAUUUCUUGGUUCCCAAGGUUUAUGAGUUCACUGGCAGUGAAAUGAUGGCAAGGCCUGUGUUCCCAUGCAGGCCUCGUAGCGGUGUGUUUAAGCUUUAA